AUGGAAAGCAUUAGCGAGUUCAUUCCAUUUGCUAAGGAGAUGCUGAGAGAGAGGCCCAGCCGGAGCAUGCUGAAGAUCUACAUGAUCGGCUCCACUGUGGCAAUGCUUGGAAUGGUCGGUGGUUUGGUGGAAACAAUUGUCCUGCCCUUUGUGGAGAAGGACACUUUGGAGGAUGAACCAUUAGAGCUUAUCAUGGAGAGCGAGAAGGAGAAGAAGCAGGUGUUGAAGUCCCGGCCUGCCUUGGUUCAUACUGAAGUGGUGGAUGUGCCGGAGGCGGUGGCGACUGGAGCCAAGGCCAAACACCUGGUGGCCAUUGGGCGGAGAAACUCAGCCAACCGCUUACAUGCUUCUUAA